AUGGUUGCCGCAGGCUCCAUCACCGUCGCAGUGCGAGUGCGACCACCGACAGCAUGGGAGGCCGCAAGGCUCCCGGAACCAUGCUAUAACACGACUUUUAGAGGCGAGGGAGCGCUGUCGACCCCAGGGAAGGUCGUGAACACCGCCACCCUACGCGACAUCGUGCAAAUAGUUGACGACCGGAUUCUCACUUUCGACCCUGACGAGAAGGACAGAGCAAGGGCGUUUAUGGAGCGGGGUUUUAUGCCGCCGGGGACGAAGCGAUACAAGGACAAGCGGUUCAUGUUUGACCGUGUGUUUCCGCAGGAAGCGCGUCAGCAGGCAGUCUACGAGCACACGACGCAGCCUCUGUUGAAGGGACUGCUGGAUGGGUACAAUGCGACUGUUUUUGCUUAUGGCGCCACAGGAUGUGGCAAGACACAUACAAUUAGCGGGACAGAAAGCGAUCCAGGCGUCAUCUACCUCACCAUGGCUGAUCUGUUUCAGCGGAUUGAAGACAGGAAGGACGAGUGGAAUGUUGAAGUCAUGGUCACCUUCUUGGAGAUCUACAAUGAAGAAAUUCGCGACCUUCUGGCUGAACCUGGGUCUCCUGUCCCACGUGGUGGGCUAUCCAUCCGUGAAGACAAGACUGUGAAAGUUGUUGGAUUGGUCGAACUGAAGCCACGAACAGCUGAAGAGGUGAAAGAAAUCGUGCUACUAGGCAAUACACGACGAACACAGAGCCCCACUCACGCCAACGAGACGAGCUCUCGAUCACACGCGGUACUUCAAGUGCAUGUCUCCCAAUCUCCUCGAACCGCCUCGAUUACAGAGGAACGCACGAUGGCUACCCUGUCUAUCAUCGAUCUCGCUGGUAGCGAGCGUGCAGCUGCCACAACGAACAUGGGUCAGCGGAUGGUUGAGGGUGCGAACAUCAACAAGUCCCUGUUGGCUCUCGGAAAUUGCAUCAAUGCACUUUGCGAAAGUGGAGGUGCUGUUCGUCAUGUGCCUUACCGGAACAGUAAACUCACCCGUUUGCUGAAAUUCUCCCUCGGUGGCAACUGCAAAACCGUCAUGAUUGUUUGUGUUGCACCGACAUCGAACCAUUUCGAUGAUACACACAACACCCUCGUAUAUGCUGAACGUGCGACCAAGAUCAAGACCAAGGUGGUCACCAGAAAUGUCGUCAACGUCGAUCGUCAUGUUGGACGCUAUGUAGAGGCUAUCAACAGACUGAACCUGGAGGUUGCAGAGUUGAAGGAGAAGCUCGCCGGGAAGAGGAACUCAGAGCUCGACAUUCAGAACCGCAGGAAGGCUGAAGCGAAGGUCGAGGUUGAGCGAGCCAGGAACGAUGUCCAGACCAAGAUGGAGCAGACCAAGUCGUCCAUCAUCGAUGGCGCGACUUGCUCUGGCAAGCUUACGGUGGCGAAGGUCAAACUGGACGCGAUCAAAGCUCGCCUUGUUCAGAUAAAUUUGGAGACACAGUCAAAUACUUCUGACGCAGAGAGGGCGUUGCUCCAAGCUCUCGCUGGCCCUGAGGAGGAAGUGGUGAAACCAGGGUCUGCCCUAAAUGCCCGACUCCAACGAUCGUCAAAUUCUAAUGCCAUGUUCGACGCAACUAUGCGGGCUGUCUCGGAGAGGCGGUCGGAAAAGCUUGACGAGGUCAGCAUGGAGAACGUCAAGCUGGAGGCAUCGUGCAGAAAGGCCUCCAUCGAGCGUGUCAAGGCCGAGAGCGAACGGGAUGCUAUGCAAGAUGCAGUUGUCGACAUGGCGGAUGUGGUAGUCCAGCUUGUGGGAAUGCUAGGGCGUUGCACCAUCAUUGUUGGAGAGGCUGCCAAGGCUCUUAACACUCUCUCUAGUGGAGAAGAUGACACGAGUCUAAAGGUCAAGAAAAUGGCCUCCACUUUGGAUAGCUUGAGGGAAAGGAACGACGAGACGUUCAAGAAGCUACUUGGCCACUCGACGGAGUCGUACAUUCUCCAACAACGCGCUGAAACGUCCAUUUACGACGGGUUCCAGAAUUAUGGCGCGAAUUUUGGUCGUCGAGUAAGCUCGGGCCCUGCUGUUCUCCAAAUGCAAACGUCUCGAACAACUACUUCCCGUCGUAUGUCGGCAUAUGGCAACACUUCGAUCUCGGCAUCUCCACCUCGUCGAACGCACAAGUCUCCUCGAAAGUCGCUUCGUUCGAGUCUGUCACAACCAUACCGACGGGCACCAGAAAAGGAGAAGAAGAGCCAGAAGGCCAAGAGUGUUCAAUGGCGAGACGAAGCAGGACAAGGUGACCUGGACGAUGGAGGGGAGCAAAUGUUCCCUUCCAUCGCGCUUCAAGUCACGCCUGCGAGUCCAGCAACAGUGGGAGAAGAUGUCGCUAAAACAAUACCUCCUGUCCGAGCUCCGUCACCUCUGCGGUGUCCGUCAGCUCUAGGCUCUGAAAGUGAAUGGGAAGACGAGAAUGAGAAGACUGACGAUAGCGUCAGCCUAAGCUUCUUGUCUGCGUCGACGUCCUCCGCACCGCCGCUCAGCGCAUCGACAUCCUCACGCACGACAAGGCGGUCUCGUCCCAGCCGCCUGGAUCCAUCCUUCCUCAAGUCAAAAUCUAAAGGUUCGACGUUGGGCAGUCUUCGAGAGGAUGACGAGACGGCACCUGAACCCCGCGGAUACCCUCUCUCCGAUAGGAAUCUGAACCGGAUGGGUUCUGUGGACGACAAUGAUUCAGGAUCCAGUGACAGCAACCUUCACGUCCCGAAAGUUCGUGAUCGACUGCUAGGGUCUCCGAACAGGCGCGCACCCUCUACAGGGAAAGCUGCGUCCCUUUCCUCUGGCAGAAGGCGAUCCAACAUCGGUCCAGUCCGAAUGGAAAAGACUAGACGUCGCUCGAGCCAGAUCCCCCAACUUCCACAAACGGUAGAGAAUGCGAAAGGAAGCGCUAGACGGGUGCUUAUAUCGACAGUUUCGAGUCCCGCGAAACGGGCGAAACGAGCUUCGUUAACGAGGAGCCUCAACACCGGGUCUUUGAAGAUCAGGUCUAGCAGCUCUUUGGGUGUCGCCAACCUGUCAGCCAUCUUCGACCCUAACGCCAGUGCAGACUUGAGCAUGAACAAGUCUUCUCGACCAACCUGGCGCUGA